UGCCUGUGUAAUAUCAUAGUCCCUAAUGUGGGUCGAGAUUUAGGAUGAUGUACUAGUAUCUGUGGACUAUACAACAAAUGACCCCCGAAUUAUAAACAGAAAAGGUAAACAGCAAUACAUCCACACGAUGAAAGUCGCAGAAUAUAUCAUAGAAAACAAUUCACUAACCAUAACAGAUGAAGCAAAGCGAUGUUUCAUUGAGGAUGGAUGUAUUAUUGUAAGAGGUUUACUAAGUAAGGCAGAACUGCUAAAAGUGGAGAAAGCCGUCGAAAACCCAGAACUUCUAAAACACCAGUAUGGAAGACCAGACAAGAAUGGGAGAGAACCAAAACUGGUUCUGUGGCAGCAUCCGGGAAAUGACGUCACUGGUAUUGUUGCACGCUCUGAGAAAGUUGCCAAGACAUGUGAAGAGUUACUAGGGGGAGAGGUCUACCAUUACCACACCAAAUUAAUUGCCAAGGAACCAUAUAUAGGAGGUACUUUUGAAUGGCACCAAGAUUAUGGGUACUGGUAUAAAUACGGCUGUAUGUUCCCUGAUAUGAUGACGGUCUUUGUAGCAUUGGAUGAUUGCAAGAAAGAAAACGGUUGUUUGCAGGUUUUGAAAGGGUCACACAAAUGUGGACGAAUUGACCACUUAAUAGUCGGGGAGCAAACUGGCGCGGACGUAGAACGAGUCAAGGAGAUCGAGAAAGUUUGCGAUCUGAUUCACGUGGAACUGAAGGCAGGAGAUGCCCUGUUUUUCCAUUGCAAUGUUCUUCACACCAGCAGUGAUAAUACGAGUAAGAACAUGAGACGAGCUCUCGUUAUAGCAUACAACAAAGCGUCCAAUGACCCAGGCCCACACGAAAAACAUCCAGGAUAUACACCACUCGACAUUGUUGAAAAUUCAGCAAUAAUGAAUUGUGAAAACUAUAGUGACUUCACAGGAAAAGACUUUUGGCUCAAACAACCACAAGUGUGAUUAGUUGAAAUGAAACAUGAUUGAAAAAA